AAGAAUACACCCGCCCCACUUGGGAUUGAAUUUCCCAUUCAACACCCCCUCUCAUAUCUCUGAUCCGAUAGUUUAGUCACAAAAUCUGCAUGUUUACGCCCUUUCCUUCAAUGCAUCACAAGAAUAGAGAGAGUUGAUAAUCAAGAAUUCCACCCCACCUCCUCUUUUUUCCCUUUUUAAGUUUUUCACUUACUUUAUUUCUUUGAGAAUACAGACCCCCCUUUUGUUAAAAAAUAAAAAGUUGUCAAUGUCAACCUCCUAUAUAAAUACCAGGAGACUCCUUGUUUUUCAUGAUGUGUUCCCUCAUACCAUUAACCUAAUACAAUUUUUAACAUAGGUUUUGCCAAACUUGAGUGUGUACUAGUUUGUGUAUGGAUUAUAAGGGCAAGGGUGAGUGAGGGCUUUUCUGUAUUCUAUUCUCUCCAUCAUUCAUUUCAACCAAGGGAACAAACCAAGUUUCUUCAACCACUUCAUAUUUGAAGAACAUGUUUGGUUAGAUGGCGAUUCAAGCGCAGUUGUAUUCAGAGAAUUUUGGAUGGGGUGGUCAAGAUUUGGCGAUGGAGAAUGGCGGGUGUGGAUUUGAUACCCUGUGUUUGCUUCCUCAACAACAACAACAACAACAUCAACAUCUGAUGCAGUUUGAUCAGCAGUUUCAGAAAGAUGACGCCUUUUUGGUCGGUAGUAGCCUUCAUUUCCUCCCAAGAAACAACCUUAAUCAUGAUCACCAAUCCAUGCCUUUGCCGCACACUGUUUCUGCCCAUUUUGAGAAGCAAAGAUUGGAAUUUGAACACUUGAUCAAUUUACAGAACGAGAGAUUGAGAAUAGCAAUGCAAGAGCAGCGAAAGCAGCAAAUAUCAGUACUAGUGAAGAAAUACGAAUCCAAGACUCAAUUUUUACUCAAACAGAAAGAAGAAGAAAUCGCAAAGGCGUCCAACAGAACAAUGGAGCUCCAGAAUUUCUUGAAAAGAUUAGAAAGUGAGAGCCAAACAUGGCAGAGAAUAGCUAAAGAGAACGAAGCAAUGGUUGCAUCACUAAACAGCAGGAUCGGACGGCUGAGAGAAUCGGCGGGGAAUGCAGCUGAAGACGCAGAAUCUUGUUGCGAAAACACCACAGAGAAAAGGAGGAGGAAAAUGGUGUGUAAAUGCUGCAAUUCACGAAAAUCAUCUGUAGUUAUGCUGCCCUGCAGACACCUCUGCUCCUGCAAAGACUGUGAGGUUUUUCUUGAUUCCUGCCCUGUUUGUAGAACCGUAAAGAAAGCUACCGUAGAAGCUUUGAUUUAAUUUAAACAUGUUUUUUUUUUUAUAUAGAACAUGAACAACCUUUUUCUUUCUUUUGUUACUUAAAUUUAUUUGCCCUGUUUUCUUUAAUCUAUGAAUGAAAUUUUCCCACGGUAAUUUAAAAAAAAACAAAAGGCUGGGAUUUUUCAA